GAAAGAAAAAAGGAGAAAAAUAAAGAGAAGAAACAGAAAGCAAGAAGGAAAGAAAAGAAGUGAGAGAGAGGGCAAAAAGGCCUCGAAUCAGCAAAUUCCUCCCAUGACAGUCACAAGAAGGAGAUCGAACCCCCCUAAAUCGACUUCCUGGAAGCCUGGACCAACCUUGCGUACUGCAAAAUCUAUAAUAUAAACGAAAGAAAAGAAACGAAAAUAGACAAAGAGAAAACAAAAUAAAGAAAUAACAAAAUAGAAGAAGGAAAAGACCAGGAGUGAUGGAAAAGCAGAGGAGGAAAGCUACACCGUAAAUAUACAUGGAAGUGAUGCAGCAAAAAAUAAAUAUAAUCUUCCUGCCUCCUUUGCCCGGGCGUCUGAGCUUCACUUCCCUGAACGCACUCCAGAUGGCGCCCGCUUCGCUCUUUAGGCGUUUAAGGUUCGCGGUUCUGAGUAUCUUGUGUUUUGUGCUUGUCUUGUACGUCAAACCACGCCCACUGCUACGUACGUCCGCGCCCGCACUUACCAGAGUUGCUAUAGAGAAAUAUGAAGAAGCACGGACCCCCUUAGUGAACGAGCCUGUGAACCUCAUCUCCACAUUCGUCCACAACACCUCUUUAGCAGGACACGAGCUCAAGGAACAGCUGGUCCUCCUCGACCAACUCCUCCUCCUCAUGACCAACAUCACCAAGCCAUGCAGGAAACUCGUUCGACAAGGCGGGAAGCUGUGCCGAGGAAAACUGGAUGGUGACAAGAAACUGUGUUUGGAUCCGUUCGUCCGCCCAACGUCUAACAGCUGCCUGGUGUAUUCGUUUGGCAUUGGCUAUGACUUUAGCUUCGAUGCUGCCAUGGGCAAAUAUGGCUGCCAAGUGUUUUCCUUUGACGAUGACAACGCGCAUGAGCUGUUAAACAGGAAUCCUUAUCCUAGAGUGACAUUCCUUCGACUCCGCCUGGCAGCUGGCAGGAGCGUGAAGGUCGAGCGAACCUAUGACCCAGAAACGAAGAGCGAGUACAUCUACUUGUACCGGCCGCUCGAUAACAUCAUGUACCUUCUCGGUCACCCUAAAGCCAACGUCGAUGUUCUGAAGAUCGACGUCGAUGGCCCUGAGUGGGAGAUCUUCGAGGACUCGAUAUUCAAGACCAAUAUUCUAGAACGCACGAGACAGCUUUCCAUCGAGAUUCACCUGAGCGUGUUCCUGGAUCCUCAGUUGGACACCGGUCGCCCUCUCACCCAGACACUUCAGAAAUACACGAGGGUGUUCAAGGGUCUAGAAGAUCGAGGAUUCCGCCUGACGCACAACGAACCUAGGGCGGGAUACUCAAAACAGAAGAACUAG